AUGUUUAUACUCCACAAUAAUGGUUACAACAUUGGCAAGGCAAUAGCUAAUCUUGUUCCUGCCGGUGGACCUGUUCUGUGCCGCGAUGAGAUGGAAGAGUGGUCUGCAGGUUGGUUACUGGUGACAUUCAGUUUGUGUUGAUGUGGUGAAGUGAAGGUGUUUCUUCAGUAGGAUAAAUCUCUGUUUAGAACUCUCAAUCCGGAUUACCUGAGCCCAUUGGAAAUUGAAGGGAUUGUGUUUAUAAAUUCCACCCUCAUAUGGAGAAUUCAGUGAACCAUUCUUAGCAAACGUAAGCAAUGACAAUGGAGACUGCAACCAGAGCGGGAAAGAAAGCAAAGCAUGUGUAUCAUGUGUACAUUUUUGCAGUUGCUUGACUUCCAUGAUGUGUGAAAAUUCCUAACUUCACAUGAAAACUUGACAUUUAGACAUAAUUAUAUCAUUUACCAUUAAUGAGUUAAAGAACUAUUUGUUUAUCAUGUUUUUGCUAUUUUAGGAGAGGCAAACUUGUUUGAAGAAGCCAUUCAGAAAUAUGGAAAAGAUUUUUCAGACAUUCAAAAAGACUUUGUGAGUAGCUCCUUAUGUAGAUUAUUAAUCUUAUGA